GACGGAGAGUCGGAGCGCGGCGGGGUUGGUGCGCGCAGGGCCCGCGCUGACGGUGAGCUGGAAGCAGGGCCGGGGCUGCCGUCCGCGGGAACUCCCGUCGCUGGGGCCUUCUGUGGGCUGCCGGUGUCCGGCCCGGCCCCGCCGCAAGCAUCGCGUUACCGGCGCUGGAGGUGGAGCCUGGAGCUGGGCUGUUCGGGUCUGUAACGGCGGCGCCGUGCUGUGGAGGACGGCACUUGGGUGGGAGGUGCUGACUGCACGGAUAGCACACGGCUGCUCCCUCCCUCCCUACCUGGCGUUUCUGGCUGACGGCGUAGGGCGUCUGUUACAGCCACCUCACAGCUGGUGGGUUGUCUCAUGCUGACAGACCCGUGCGGUGGAUAAGCUGGGAGCCAUUCUGCUGCUGCAGCACUGUGCUGUAAGCCUGUCUGUUACAGGAAAAAGAUCAGUUGGCACUGAUGUCUGUGUUAAGCACAGCACGCAGAUCUGUCUUGGAGCUGACUGGAUGUGCUUAAUUUCUUCCUCUGCCCUUUCAGAUUUGUUCAGAAGGAGUUUAAUUCAGCAUCCACACAUGAAAAUCAUGGCGAUUGUUAUUUAAUAAAAUAUUUCCAUUUUACAUUGUCACGUGUACUACGUAGGUUGCUCUGAAAGUAAUGCCUCCUGUUUAUUUCCGUGGAAGCUACAACAGAUAGAUCACUUUGGUUUGGUGGAGCAAAUGCUCCGUUACCAAACACCAUUUUUCAACGCGGUCAUCACCAUUAGCAAGUCAUUCUCACCAGUGCUGAGCAGGGACCCACAUGCCACCCUCAUGUAAAUCUGCACCAGUGGAGGUGACAGACGUCACUACUGCUGAAACGCACCGCCCAUCACCUCACUGUGCUCACAUCCACUUUUUGAUCUCCAUCAAAGUUAGCAAGUGUUGAUGAAUGUCAUUGGGUGCUGUUUUUUGGGUGCUGUAUGGAGGAAUUCAGUGGUACAUUUCUGCUUCAUAUGCGCUUCCAUUUCACUGCCCCUCUGCUGCCAUCUGUCACAUGGCUGUAACAAAAUGUUGAUGUGAAGGUUCAAUCUCUGCUGCCAUCCCACCAACAUCCACCUAUGGCGUUCUGGGCCAACACAAUAAAAUAGAAGGCAUUACUUUUGGAACAGUGGUCAUACACGGAGCCUUGUAAGUCAUUCGUGUAGACUGACUUCCUUCUGUAAGUGGAAUGACAUGGUUAGAGUUUUUUAAAUGAGUUUUGGAAAACCAUAAGCAGAUAAUUCAGCCUUCCUCACAUAAAAUCCAGCAGUCACGGGUUGAAUCAGUUAUGUGGAUGUAGUUGCAUAGUUACUUUUAAAACGAUGAGAGAAUAUGGCAUUAUAAAGUAAUUCCUUCUCUGGAAGGUGGGUGCAAUCAGCAACAGCUUUUGCAGUGUAGUUUUCUGAUUCUUAGGCAAGUGGUAAUUCGUCCUCCCUGAUUGUAUGGAGACAAAUGCUGUGAGAUGAACGAUGUAUAACACCUGGCAAAACAAAAACUUCAAAUGAGCUGCUCUGAGUUAAAUUGUCAGUCAUCAAGGUUUUUAAUUGCUGAUGUUUUUCUAUGUCAUUUUCACACACAAAGAAUGCUUUUCACAGCAGGCAUUUGGCAUAUUGGUGCUGAUGUGAAGGCAGUGUAGCACUGAUGUCUACUUUAGUUGUAUGGAACAAGGCUGGAAUUCAUUUAAGCUACUGCUAACUAAAGAUCCACUUUUUUCCACAGUUUGAAAAUGCCAUUAGGUCAGAGAGUGAGUCAUGCUUCAAAGUGAUCAAAAUUGCUCAAAAUGUUGAAGAAAUUCAGGGUUUCCAUUUCUUUCUGUCUCUAAUUUACUACUAUCUAGUCAGCCUGAUUUUCUUAUUUUUAUUCAAAAAGCAAAACUGCCCGUGGAGGGCUAAGUGCUGUUACCAGUUAUUCCUGUGUAGAUUAUGAUUUGUGUUUCAGACUUCGCAAAAGAGAUGCUUUAAUUGUAACACAGUGGUUAAACACAGUACAAUUCUACGGUAAUGUUUUGUAAAAUGUAAUUUAAGCUAAUUGGUCAACAGUUAUUAAAUACUGUCUUGGCACACUUUCAAGUAUUGGCUUUCUUCUAGGAAUUCCUGCAGGUUUGGCACUUUAGAAUAGCAAAAGCUCCUAAAUACAUAAUUUUUUGGUGAAUGGGCUCAGAGAUGCAAAUAUCCUUUGUUUAUAUGAUGGAAAACAAACAAUCAAACCAAAAAACCCCAGGCUCUUGCUCUAGUUUUUAGUUGUUUAUUUCAAGUACAUAUAUCAAAGCGGUGCCCCUGGAUCACGGUAAUCACAGAUAUGAAUACAGUCUAGGCAAUUAACUGAUUGAGAGCAGCCUUGCAGAUAAGUUGGGCGUUCUGGUGGGCGGAAAGUUGGGCAUGAGCCAGCAGUGUGUGCUUGCAGCCCAGACAGCCAGCUGUAUCCUGGGCUGUGGCAGCAGGGCAGGGAGGGCACUGUGCCCCUCUGCUCUGCCCUCCUGAGGCCCUAUCUGGAGCGCUGUGUCCAAGCCUGAGGCCCCCAGCACGGCAAGGAUGCGGAGCUGUUGGAGCAGGCCCAGAGGAGGGCCACGAAGAUGAUCAGAAGAUUGAGCACUUCUCCUGCAGUGAAAGGCUGAGGGAGCUGGGCUUGUUCAGCCUGGAGAAGAGAAGGCUCAGGGGAGACUUUGCUGUUAUCUUCCUGUACCUAGAAGGCCCUACAGGGAAGCUGACUUUGACUCUUCUGCAGAGAGUGUAAUGCUAGGGCAAGGAGUAAUGGCUUUAAGCUGAACGAGUGAAGACCUAAGUUAUGUAUUAGGAGAACUUUCUUUACUCAUAGGGUGGUGAGGCCCUGGCUCAGGCUGCCCAGAGAAGCUGUGGGUGCCCUGUCACUGGAAGUGCCCAAAGCCAGGCUGGAUGAGGCCCUGGACAGCCUUGUCUGGUGGGACACAAGCAGCCAUGGCAGGGAGGUUGGAAACACCUCCACUACCUCGAGCACACUCUGCCAGGUGAGUCCUGGCUGCCUGAGCCAGGCAGGGCUGGUGAGACACAGGCGAUGCUGUGGGGAUGGGCACUGAGAAUAUCUGCUAGAGGCACACAGCACAACCCAAGAAAGUCUCACUAGGUCUGCAUGCCUCACAGACACACUCAGCCAGAGGCCAAGUACAAGCUCAGUUGGGCCAGACUCUGCCACGACUCAGUGUAUGCAGUGGAGGGCCGUCCGUUGCCUGGUGACAUCACACACUGUUAAAUCAAAAACUUGCUCGGUGCUGUCACCCAGGGGAGCUAGAGAGGGACACUGUCAGGAGGGAAUUGGUAGGACAAGGAAUACUGGUUUAAGGAGAGUAGAUUUAGACUGGGUAUCUGAAAGAAAUUAUUUCCUAAGAGGGUGAUGGACCACUGACUGGUACAGGCUGCCCAAGGGAGUAUUAGUGCCUAUAGCAAAGGGUUUGAACUGGAUGAUCUCAAAGGUCCCUUCUAACCCAAACCAUUCUUUGAUUCUAUGAUAUGAUUCUAGAAGUGUGAUUCAGCAUUAACAUUCAUCCAACAUUCCCUGGGUCCCUAGAAAGUGAACUGGAAGCUGUCUGUGAGCUUCAUGAAGGCUGCAGAAACUGACUGCUGAAUCCAUUUCUCGUAGUUGGAAGCAUCCAUGUCCUAAAUCUGAAUAGACUUUGGUACAUUGAUGGGAUACCUGACUCUGUCAUAGAAUCUUGGAUUUGUAGAAUCAUGGAAUGGCUUGAGUUGGUAUCUGCACAGGGACGUGUAGGUGCUUGGCGUUGUUCUGGAGUGGAAUGAAUAGGAUGUGCUGCCUGUGAGUGCUUCAGGGGAGUCUUUAUGGCCAGGUUUUUCUGGAAUUUGAGAUCUUACUGAGACCUCAGGAGACUGUGUAUGCCAGAAAUAGACCAACCAGAAAUAUUUUGGUAUUGACUUAGAUACUUUGCAUAUAUUUCCUAAUCUGAAGUAGUCCACAUCUCACACCGUACUAUAUACGUAUUGUAUUUAAUAUAUAUAUGAGUCAAAUUUAGCUUUCUGCUUUUCAAAUGAAUCUUGUGCAAGGCCUCAAAUGCUCUGUGGGGUCUGUGUUUGUGGAUUUUGGUUUGAGGACUUUAGCUCUUACGGUGUAAUAAAAAAAUAUGAAGCCAGACUAGCACUAGUUGAAGCACAGCUGGUGGUUAUCUUGUUCCAAGUAUACAGAGGGCUCAGUCAUUUCUUGGUGGCUUUACGCAGGAACAUUUUCUGAUUCUGAUAUGCCAUCUUUUCCAUCAUCUGCGGCUCAAAUGUGUUACUUUUCUUUUUCCAACCAGUCUGCACUGCACAUCAGUUUGAGUGCAUUAUUGCACAAUCUGGAGAAGGAUGCUGUUUCCUCAGGCUGGUUUGUUACAGGCAACGCGUGAGCUCUCAGUGUUUCAUAUCUAUUGCAGUGCCUGAAGCUCUGUAAGAUGACCUGAAAUAACGCAGACUGCGGAGUGCUUGGCUGCCUGUGCUGCUUUGCUCCUGAUGACCCUGGAAAACGAAGCAGUUGUUGCUGGUUCCUGCACUUCUGUGUGUUUGCGGUGAAGAUGCAACAAGAACAACGUCUUCUUCAGUUGUAGGUGCAGCACACUGUCCUGCCUUGGCUGCCUUUGCAGGAGGUGGUGGUUAUGGUUCAGUGCUGACACAUUUUGUAAGGCUGUUGUAGCUGAAAAGCAGUGUUGAUUCCAGCCUUUAGGAGAAGGAGCUUCCAUGUCUUGUCCUGGUAGGCUCCUGAUGUUCUUUAGAGUCUCUUGUCUACAGACCACAGCACUGGACACUGUGCAGGUCGUCCUUGAAUGUUAAAUGCUUCCCUGAAGCUUGUGCUCCUGACGGGAGGGGAAGUGAGUUGAAAGGAAGUUGACCAAGAUGCAGGUCCCUCAAGCAUAAGCAGAUACAGCAGUGAUGGUAGUCUACAGGGAAAGGGAGAAAUAAUUUCUUUGGUGCUGGGGAAUUGCAGGGCCUCCCUGCCUGCUUCUCCUCCUCUUCCUAAACUCUCCCUAAUCUUGUUUUUAACUCCUGAAGCCAUGGGCAGAGUGUUCUCUCUGGUGCAACACUUGGCCCAUCUCAGAAGCAAGCAAAGAAGACAAAUAAGGAGAUGUUUGGUAGCCCGUUUUUUACUUUCCAGAGAAGCCAGCCUCCAGGCUACAGAGGAGGAAUUCGUAGCAUGGUGGUGGAUGGAACAAAGCAGGCCAUUACUUUAUCCUGACAUGCGAAGGCAGACAGCUGUUUAGCAGCAUUGGUUGCUAGAGCAGCAGUGUCCUCUACAGAAUUUGAUAUUCUGCCUACCGGGGCUUGUAGCUCUUUUUGCAUUCCCUCUAUGAUCCUUUUGUCUUGUUGCCUGAUGUUGCUGAGUUUCAGGGUCUGCUGCCUGGUUCCUCUGUCAUUCAGAAAGAAUGCAGAAAGGAUUUUCUCACUUUCCCAUGUGUUACACUUCUCUUCGAGAAAAUGUGCAGAAAUAAAAGCUGUGCAAUUCUAAAAUCUUUCUGUCCUGAUACUGUUUGUGUUUGAAGAUGCCUUGCUUUACUUCCAAACAUAUUUUUGUAGUGAGAGAUAAAUAAAAUCCUUGUUAGCUGUAUUAUUGCAUCUUAAAAAAAAAAUAGUUUUGUUUCAAACUCUCCUAUUUUAUUACAUAUCUUAAUCUACAGGGAUAAGGGAGAUUGACAGAGUACUUAUUUAAUCUCAUUACACUGCUUACUUCAGGCAUUCAGACGUCGUAGCCUUUGUGUUGCUGAAUUAAGGGAUUUUUGAUGCCUCAGUAAGGCUGGAACCUCAGCAUUGUUGGAAGGCAUAAAAUGCAAUUUCCUACAGCUUUUAAAAUACCGAGGAACCAAUUAAGGUCUGAGGCAAAUGCUUCUCAACCAUCUCUGAUUUCUGCUGGCAGGAGUUCCUGCUUUUCUGUCUUUACAUAAAAUUCCUUUUUUUUCUUUUGUCAGGGAGAAGGGUUCCUAAUCUAGUGCAGUACAUGGCGAAAUCUUCCUCAGGCUCAUUCCUGUGAAGUGUGUGUUGUGUGCCUUAGAGAAGAGGUAGGCAGGAUCAUGGAUUUUCCGGGGCACUUUGAGCAAAUCUUUCAGCAGCUCAACUACCAGAGACUUCAUGGCCAACUUUGUGACUGCGUCAUUGUGGUGGGAAACAGGCAUUUCAAAGCCCAUCGCUCUGUUUUAGCAGCAUGUAGUACACAUUUCCGAGCUCUCUUCACUGUAGCAGAAGGAGAUCAAAUCAUGAAUAUGAUUCAGCUGGAUAGCGAAGUGGUGACAGCAGAAGCUUUUGCUGCCCUCAUAGACAUGAUGUACACUUCCACACUUAUGCUUGGAGAGAGCAACGUUAUGGAUAUCUUGCUGGCUGCAUCUCACUUGCAUUUGAACUCUGUUGUUAAAGCAUGCAAACACUACCUUACUACCAGGACGCUGCCGAUGUCUCCACCCAACGACAGGGUUCAAGAGCAAAACGCACGCAUUCAAAGGUCUUUCAUGCUUCAGCAGCUUGGGCUGAGCAUUGUGAGCUCCGCCUUGAGUUCCACUCAGAGCUCAGAGGAGCAACCAAGCGCUAUGAGUUCCACGAUGAGAAGCAACAUAGAGCAGCGCUCUGCUUUUCCUAUUCGCCGUCUCCACAAGCGUAAACAGUCUUCUGAAGAUCGGGCCAGGCAGCGAAUGAGGCCUGCCAUAGAUGAGGCUGUUUCUGACGUGACUGCAGAGAGUGGGCAGUCAGUUGUUCAUUCACAGGAGGAUUUCUUUUCAUCAGAUUCACUGAAGAUGGAGGACAACUCUAAGGCUGAUGCUGUCACUGAUAACCAGGAGGAUAAUAAUAUUAUGUUUGAUCAGUCUUUCAGUGCUCAGGAAGAUACUCAAGUGCCCAGCCAGUCUGACAACAGCGGAGGAAGUAUUUCACAGAUGUCAUCACAGGCGACACAAGUGGAAACCAGCUUUGACCAGGAGGCCGCAUCUGAGAAAAACAGCUUCCCGUGUGACAAUCCAGAGGUCAGCAUUGAUGGAAAAGAGCACAUGAGGGUGGUGGUUAAAUCUGAGCCCUCGAGUUCCCCGGAGCCUCAGGAUGAGGUGAGUGAUGUCACUUCCCAAGCAGAAGGCAGCGAGUCUGUUGAAGUGGAAGGAGGAGUUGUGAGUGCAGAGAAGAUAGAGCUGAGUCCUGAGAGCAGCGAUCGUAGCUUUUCUGAUCCGCAGUCUACUACAGAUAGGGUAGGAGAUAUCCAUAUUAUGGACGUGUCAAAUAACCUGGAACACAAGUCUACUUUCAGUAUCUCAAAUUUUCUGAAUAAAGGCAGAGGUGGCAGCUAUGGUGCUGGUCAAACUACUGAGGACAACAUUCCAAAUACAACAAGUGACUGUAGAAUGGACAGUGAUGCUUCUUUCCUGAUGAGUCCAGAGUCAGGGCCUGCUGGUGGUCAUUCAUCUGCCACAGUCUCUCAUGUUGAGAAUCCCUUCAGUGAGCCUGCGGAAUCCCAUUUUGUUAGACCAAUGCAGGAUGUGAUGGGUCUUCCCUGUGUGCAGACUUCUGGGUACCGGGCUGCAGAACAGUUUGGUAUGGACUUUCCAAGGUCAGGCUUGGGCUUGCAUUCUCUGUCAAGGGCAAUGAUAGGCUCUAUAAGAGGGGGAGCGAGUAGCUUUCCUGGCUACCGCCGCAUAGCCCCCAAAAUGCCUGUUGUAACCUCCGUCAGGAGCUCCCAGCUGCAGGAUAACUCGCCUAGUUCCCAGCUGAUCAUCAAUGGGACCACUUCUUUUGAAAAUGGGCAUCCUUCGCAACCUGGUCCUCCACAGCUAACACGGGCAUCUGCAGAUGUUCUUUCAAAAUGCAAGAAAGCCUUAUCUGAGCACAAUGUCUUGGUUGUAGAAGGUGCACGCAAAUAUGCAUGUAAGAUCUGCUGCAAGACUUUUUUGACCUUAACGGACUGUAAGAAACACAUCCGUGUGCACACAGGAGAAAAGCCUUAUGCCUGUCUGAAGUGUGGCAAACGGUUCAGCCAGUCCAGCCACCUUUAUAAACAUUCCAAAACAACCUGCCUGAGGUGGCAGAGUAGCAACCUACCUAGCACUUUGCUUUAACUGCUUGCACCUCCCAGCCUGAAUGAGAGUGCCAGUACAAACUCUUAACUCUCUGAAGCACUGCAGGAGCAUUAACACUAUUUUGCUCAAGCUAAGAAGCUGCUUUCGUAGGUCUGUGAACAGUUGUGUGUGGUUGUGCUGCACACUAAGGUCUUGAUUCUAUAAAUUGGGGAUAAUACCAUACCUACCUCACAGGGGUGUUGUGAGGAUUAGACAACUGUUAGCAAAUAACUUUGAGGUCCUCAGAAGUCUGUAGAUAUGUAAAACAUUAUUGUUAUGUACAUGCAGGCUUGGGGCUCAAUGGGGAUACGGUCCCUACAUCAAAUUUCCUUUGCAAAACAAAGGGGUGGAGGGAGUGAGAGUGUAAUUGUCUCACAGAAUCAUAGAAUGGCAUGAGUUGGAAGGGACCUUAAAGAUCAUCGAGUUCCAACCUCCUUGCCAUGGGCAGGGUUGCCACCCACUUGAUCAGGUUGCCUAGAGCCCCAUCCAACUUCCACAAACGGGGCAUCCAGAACUUCUGCGGGCAGCCUGUUCCAGUGCCUCACUACCCUUGAUAGUGAAAAUUUUCUUCCUAAUAUUUAAUCUAAACCUACUCUCUUUUAGUGUAAAGCCAUUACUCCAUGUCCUAUCAUUACACUCGCUGAAGAAAAGUCCCUCCCAAGGUUUCCUGCAGGGCUCUCUAGGUAUUGGUAGGCUGCAGUGAUAUCUCUCUGGAGCCUUUUCUUCUCUAGGCUGAACAAGCCCAGCUCUCAGCCUGUCUUUGUCAGAGAGGUUCUCCAGCCCUCCGGUAUCUUUGUGGCCUUCUCUGGUCCCACUUCACCUGCUCUUUGUCUUGUGCUGGGGGCCCCAGGCCUGAAUACAGUACUCUGGCUGGGGCCUCACAAAGGCAGAGCAGAGGGGGACAGUCCCCUCCCUGCCCUGC